AUGUCUACGUCGGACAGCGGUUCCGUCGGAGGGCUGGGGGAAGAGACCUCAGCCACGCAACAGCAACACGCCGAGGAUCCGGCGAUUGCGAGGCUGGAGGGCCAGUUAUCGCAGCUGAUGAGCGUAGUGAUGGAGUUGAAGAGGAAGGAGCCUGGUGACGCCGUGGCGGGCGAUGCCAGUAGGGGCGGCGGUGCUGCCGUCCCAAGCCAGAGAGAGGCUCUGCCGCCCGGGGGCGGCGGGGUAUUUCCGUGGGAAACGGCCCGUGAUGGGCGAACUCAUCCGCGGGAAAGCAGCUGGGACAACAUACCGGGAGCGAGUCCUGGGGUUCCAGCGAGAGUGGCGGCUGGCUGGGCAAGUAGAUCGGGAGCGAACCCUGAGGGGCCAGCCGGAAUGAGCCCGGCGGUAGUCAGUACCGUGCACGCGAGCCUCCCGGAGGGGAGGAGGGCCACGAAGGGCCAGCGGAAGGCGGAGCAUGCUUUCCUCGCGAACCACGGUGGCAACAGGGGCGGAGCGCCCGGCCGCAGCAGCGGCGGCCGCAACAAGGGCGGCGGCGGCGGCGGUGGUAGCCAAAUGGGGAAAGGGGGUGGUAGCAAGGGCGGUGGUGGUGGCAACAGCGGCGGAGGCGGCGGCGGUGCAGGUAGCAUGCACGGUCGCUGCUUCUGGUGCGGAGAGAAGGGUCACCAGUCGGCCGCCUGUACGAAGCCCGAGCCUCUGCGAUGCGAGAAAUGCCUGGGCUACGGACACGACAAGAGCAAGUGCUCGUCCGAGCAGGCGGUGCUCGCGGUGGAACUGCCGGUCUUGGACGNUGAUCGAGGGGGUGUAGAGCAGGCCAGGCAGGAAAGGUUUGUGGCCGAUACCGGCGCAACCAACCACAUGUUCCCGAGCGCUAACGCGUUCGAAAACUACCAUGAGUGCGAUCGACGUUUGAGUGUCGCCGCAGGGAAGGAAGCCUUCGCCAUAGUAGGCUACGGCGACGCGAGGGUGACCAUCGGUUCUCGCGUUGGGACCACAGACCUGCUGUUAAAACGGGUCACUCAUGUGCCGGAGCUGAAUUACAACCUCGUGUCCCUCACAGCCCUUUUGAAGCAAACCAAGGGCCGCUUAGCCGCAGACGAGCGUGAGUUGGAGGUGUUCGUUGGUGGG